AUGGAACGUUUUUAUCCCAACUUUUACUCGUACACCAAAUCGCAUUAUGAACCACUGACUGCACAAAGCCUCUGUCGUUCGGAGUCCGUUGCUACCGGUCUGAGUCAGCGACCCGUGCAGCCGGUCGCAGUUAAUGAUGAUGAUGAUGCUCAGCCGGGCCGAUCUCGUCUCGGGUGUUCCAGCACCGAUCAUAUGCAUCGAGUCGGUGUGCAUGUGUCGGGAUUGUGCGAACCGUUUGUUACACGAAAACGAAUGCUCAGUGGUGAGUGUCACAACAGCGGGAAUUUUUCUGGGCACAGUGAUAUCCGGGCCGAUGGGCGAUUCACCAAUGCGGACAGUAGUGCUUCUUGUGUGAAUUUGCACGCGGAACGUUGGAUGCGUGAGCAGUCAGACCCGCCCGGACCCUCCGGAUCUUCCGCUGUCGAUAAUUUGGCGAUACCGAGUUCUCUAAACCCAACGGAACUAGUAACAUGGUCAUCCUCAUCUCAGUCGGAAAAGCUGCGAUCCACGGGAACGGGGAAAUCGAACAUGUUAGUAAUUCCUCGCUCGGUGCCGUUGUAUCCAACACGUGCAGACUGUGCAUUAGGUCGUAGACCAGUGAUGGACGACCAAAAUGUAUCGGUCGACAAAACGCGACAACCCAUGCGUCAAGUUUCCUUCCGACAAGAUAAACAUUGUUCAUCUCCCAUCUCUUCCAAUUGUUCUACACUAAAACCAACCAAGCAGGAUCCUCCUGGUCGACCGCUUGCUCAAGUUCGACCACAGGGACAGUUCAAUGUGGAAGAGACGAAAGAGGAUCCGCGUGUACAAUCAUGUGUGAGUGGAAAACUGAUGAAAUCCGGUCUCCUCAAACCCAAAGGGAAUGAAAAAUCUCGAAGAUUUGGCCUGAAACUGGAAAAACCGGUGCGAAAAAAUCAAUCUGGUAAGAGCACCAGGUCCCCAUCUCCUUGUGUGACUAACAAGCUGCCCGCAGCACAACGUGUGUGCGAAAAGGAGAUAGCCUGUGGAACGAGACAUGCCCCAUUGGGAAUACCGGCGGCUACCGGUCAUAUGAAACGUUUGAUCGAAACAGAACGGGCGGUACGCGAAGAACUGGCUUCCGGAAAAAUGCGUGGUAUUUCACCCAUUUCCCCGUCCGUUUUGGACAGUAUUGUUCCAACUAAUCUAACCCCAAGGAAUUCACCGGCCCCUUCAUCAACCUCUUGUUCCGGCCCCUGCUGUAAGCUCAAUUUGGUUACAAACCCGAAGGAAACACCUCAGAUCUCAGCAUCGUGUGCUUUUGUACGACCGAGACGACGUCAUGAUCAUGAUGUGGGUUGUUCGAACAGCUUACAUCGCACGCACACCUGUACCACCAGUAGCACGAAGACCAACCCUUCGGCACUUACCUCCAACUCCACACCGUGUGCAAUUGUACAUCCGUUGCGAGUACCUGCAUCCGCGAUUGGGUAUCAGUCUGUCGGUGGUCCGGGUUGCACUAGACCGUCAAACUCAAUACCAAUGCAGAAAAGCAGCAGUUCCAGCGAUUUUGGGGACUUGAAACCAUGCCCCAUUCUCACUGUCAGUCUGUGUGAGACACUGACUCCAUGCGGUAAGGUAAGGAAAAGUGAGGAUCGUGUUUCAGUGAAUCAAAGGCCAUUGCGUUCUGUCCAAUGA